AGCUUGCCCUCUGCCUUAAGGAAAGAAAGGAGAACAGAAGCACGCUCAUCUUUUGUCAAAAGACAUUGUUCCAUUAUUUCACAAUAUAAUUUCCCUCUCUGCUUGGCCGCACUCUCCUCCUCCCCUAAGCAACGCAGAGGAUGCGAAUCCCCCAGACAACAUCACCCAGGCUCCAUCACUGCUCCUACCACUACGUGACAUUCGGGAGCUGCAAGCACGGGAUGAACUGCAUAUCCCACCACCCUCCGAAGCUCUCUGAACCAGAACGGCGUUACCCUGCCGGCGACCAGCAGGAGCAGGUGCCAGAGUACCCGCAGCGACACGGGGAGCCCGACUGCUCCCACUACGUCAAGUUUGGCAGCUGCAAGUACGGGAUGAACUGCAUGUUCAACCACCCUCCGAACCCCUCUGUAGCCUUACGCCAAGCCCACGAGAAGCAGGAGCCGGAGUACCCACGGCGCCCUGGGGAGCCCGACUGCUCCCACUACGUCAAGUUCGGCAGCUGCAAAUACGGGAUAAACUGCAUAUUCAACCACCCUCCAAACCCCUCUGGAUGGCAGGAGACGGAGUACCCGCAACGCCCCGGGGAGCCCGACUGCUCCUACUACGUCAAGUUCGGGAGCUGCAAGCAUGGGAUGAACUGCAGAUUCAACCAUCCUCUCCGCAAGCUGGUGAUGCAUUUUCCUGGGAGAGCAUGCAACUGCAACCACCACGAAGUUGAGAAAGUGAAACUGAACUUUCUUGGGCUUCCACUUCGUCGAGGGACAGGACUGUGUUCAUACUACAUGCGUACUGGAAUCUGCAAAUUCGGCACUAACUGCAAGUUUGACCACCCAGAUCCUGAACUAGAACAAGAGAAUUGGGAUGCUAUUCAAGGAUCCUCUCAACAGAACUUUUACUCGGUGCUUGACCGUGAAGAAUUGCAUGAGCAACCUGUUCCCUUCAUGCUUCGAGACUCGCCUGUUGAGCGAGUCCGUUACACUAGGAACCAACUUCUUCAGCUGCGCGAGGCUUCACAAAUUGUUGAUGUACCUAAGGUCAUCUUGGAACUCAAGAAAGACAUUGAUGUAGAACUUCAUGAUGAAGAUCAUAGUUGGGCUUACAAUGACUGGAAUGUACAAACUCAGUCAUACAAUCGCUACGAUCUGGCAGACAGCCGUGAAUGGCGUUCACAUUCUCCACAAACUCAGUCAUAUAAAUGCUAUGAUCUAGCAGACAGAUGUGAAUGGCGUUUACGUUCUGCACAAACUCCUGUGGCUGUUAGUGAAGAGAAAUCUUGGAACAACAUCCGUGAAGAAGAAGAAUCCAAUGAUUCAAGCGGGAAGCAAGAACAACUUUACAAGCAUGGUCAAUUGUGCUUCCAGUUUGAAUCUAAUAAUCAGCCAAUGUUGGAUUGCGAGAAGUUUCGCUUUACACCACUAGAGAAUGUCCAUGUGCCAAAUAUAAUGUUUGAGAAUAUGCUGGAUUCAAGUUCAACAGCGCCUGAAGCUAAUUUGGCUAUCAAUACUACUAAUGGAAGCAAGCAAGGUUCCCGUGAUGCAAGCAUUAUUGGCACAAAUGAUAAGGAUGUUCAUAAGAAAUCUGAAGAGGCAAUGUUAAGUAAAUCUUCUAAUCAAGAACCAAAUUCAACGAAGCCUGAGAAAAAUUACAUGCACGAAGAAUUCAAUCAUCUGGUUGACCUUGGUGAUAAUGUGAGCCCAAGCAAUUCUUCGGCAUUAUUGAGGAUCAAUCGAGUCGGAUGCAGUAUUUCCGAGAUUAUGGAGUUAGUUAUUGAAGCUGGAGCUGAGGAAGGCAGUGAUGAACAUUUCAUUGCUACCCAAUUAUUUAUUAGAUCAGAAUAUAGGGAAAUGUUUCUUACUCAUACUACUAAAGGAAGACUUGGGUGGCUUAAAAGGAUGUGCCAAUUGAAGAAACAACUAUAGGCUCUUCGUGCAAGUGUGCCUACUUCUACCCUAAAAGAAGUUGAUGAGACCAUUUAAAAGUGAUGUAUUCAAUAAUGCUACUUAAUUUUUUUCUUGGUAAUUUAUGAUGUAGCUUAUCAACCCACCUUUAUGUUUGAUU